GAGAGAGCGCCGGCGCAGCUGGGGAGGAGAUGAGGAUAGGGCUGCGCGAGACGAGCCGUUCCGUGCGAUUCCGUGGAUUUGCUGGUGCUAGCGCAUUCCGGAUCUGAGGGGAAUAUUCCCUAAAGUGGAAUGGGUGGGUUCUACUCCGGUUGGUAAACCAAACGCAGGAACGAGGGCUAGGAACGGGUCCGACCCGUGACAUUCCAGUCCAUGACAGCAACCAAACACACCCCAAAGGUACCAACAACCGACACCACUGACAGCUAUGCCGCACCAAAGAAGGCCCAACCAGAGAUGAUGGCGGCUGCAACAUCUGAUAGCUACACCGCGCCGAAGAAUGCUCAGCCAGAGACACCGGUGGCUAGCACAACCGACGCUAAUGCUGCGCUAAAGACUGCCCAGUCGGAGACAGAGGCGGCCAGCACAACCGAUAGUUAUGCCGCACCGAAGACUGCCCAGCCAGAGACACCGGCGGCUGAAACAACCGAUGCCUAUGCCGCGCCGCGAGCAAGGCCCUGGAACAAGAAGAUCGGACAUUCCCUCCUGCCGCACAUUGUGGACGGAAGCCAAAAGGAUUCUCGAGUCCCUUGUCAUCAAAGACAAGCAAGUUCAUGAACGUCUUUUGGUGAGGACAUCAACACCAUUGUUACACCUACAGCCCCAGCUGCUAUACAUACUGGACCAGUUACUAGAGCUUACGUACGCCAAUUGAAUUACCAGGUACUUUUGUUUCUUGGAAAACCUUCUAAUAUUCAUGAACAUAUGCUGCUGCCUAAGUUAGAUACUUUUGUUGUACUUAUGAAUGAAGGACCUAGCAUGGACAAGAAGGAUAUCUGCUGGAGCGGGAUCAAGCAUGGAGAAGAAGGUGCACGCGCGGGAAAGAAUAAUGGAGCUUCCAUUCGUGAUUUUUGCACUUUGAAGCCACCAUAAGGAGAGCAUGAAGGCUUGGAUGAAAUAUU